AUGAUACGCUUAGAAUAUUUAUUACGAUUAUGGAAAGAAUAUGAAAUAAGACUUGAAGAUUUAAAACAUCAAAUAGAUGAUAUACAAAAAAAAUUAUUAUCAAUAAAACGAUUAUGGCCUUUUGAACAAAUAGAAACAGUUUUUGUUCUUUAUAAGAAUUUUAAACAACAUUUCGUUAUUAUUGAACCAGAAUUAUUACAUCUAAAUGAUAAAAUACCAGUUCUAUGUAAAGAAUUAAAUGUUAUCUCAUUACAAAAUGAUAUUACAUAUGAUGUAGAAAAACGUUUCGAUAAUAUUGCAGAUAUUUAUUCAAAUACAACUACAUUAAUUAAACAUUUAACAACUUAUAAUUUAUAUGAUUUACAAUUAGUAGAAGAAAUAUUUAAAAAUUUUCAUCAAAAAUCGACAUCAAUUAAAGGUAUGCGUGUGGAUGUACUUAAUCAUCAAAUGAUAAUUGCUAUUCCUAAUGAAUCAUUUUAA